AGGACCAUCACGUGCGCAAUGGGAAGAUGUAACUGGAUCAACGCCAUUGACCUUUGUUAACGAUUGUGUUUCAUUCACAACUACUGUGUCGGCAAGAUUCUGGUUAAUGGAUUGCAGAAAUAUUUCCGAAGCUACUAAAAUGGCUACUGACCUAUAUCGUGAAGCCAUUCAUGUUCCAUUUAUGGCAAAAUUUGUAGUCUUUGCCAAGAGAACGGAUCCAUUUGAAGCUCGACUUCGAGUGUUCUGUAUGACCGAUGACAAAGAAGAUAAAACUCUUGAAUACCAAGAGCAUUUUACAGAGGUGGCAAAGAGUCGUGAUGUUGAAGUAUUCGAGGGUAAACCGCAAUACACCGAGUUUGCUGGAAAUUUGGUGCCAGUAACAAAGUCAGGCGAACAAUUACAAAUUCAUUUUAAAGCUUUCCGUGAAAAUCGCUUGCCUUUUAAUGUUCGUGUGAAAGAUCAGCAUGCUGAUACAGUUGGGCGUGCUCUGUUCAUGCGAGAACAACGAGUUGCUAAGGGCGAACAACCACAACAACCAAUUUGCAUCCUAAAUAUUGUCCUUCCUGAACAAAUCUAUACUGAGAGUGUCGAUGACAAUCGUGAUUUAAAGUAUAGAAACGAUCGGAGUAAUUUGAACAAUAUUCGUAUUGUUGAUAUUUCAAAUUUAUUGGGUCAAGACUGGAUACGACUUGCGCAUGAACUCGGAUUCACUGAACAAGAAAUUAAUGAAAUAAUUGCAGAUAAUCCCACAAGUACACCACGCAAAGCACAAUCUAUGCUGCAAAAUUAUAUUUCACGCGAAGACAGCAAUCGUACGGUCCUCGAGACCAGUUUACGAUCCAUUAAACGUGAUGAUAUUAUAAAGAAAUGUUUGAGACUCAGCUUAUACUUGGAAAAACCAAAACCAUCAGCUUCUGGCACCCGAAAGGGAUCUAGUUUUGAAGAGGUGGAUAAUAUGAAGGAUUCUGAAUCUGUGGAGGAGCUAGCAGUACACGAACGAGAAGAACUUAAAUAUUCAGCUGAAGAGAAAAUCGUCGAAAAUUCAGAUGGUGAGUCACAAGAGGAUGAAAUAGUUGAACGUAGUGUUGCUGAACGACGUGAGCAAAUCACAAAACGAUUGUCCAUCGAACGUCCGAUUCCGGCGUCAACACAACAAAAAGAAAUCGUACAAGAAGUAGCUGAAAUUAAAAGACGUAGUUUGAUUGAAGACAAAAAGGCACUACAUGAAGAAGAAAUAAUUAUGCACGCACCCACUGACAAUAUUAUUAUUAAAUCAGCUACUAUUCCCGAACCAGUGAUUAAACUGAAAUCUGGUAUUAAAGAUGACGUUGAUGUAACGAAAAGUGAUUUUGAUAGAGAACUGCAUGAUAAAUUCAAGAUAACCAUCAAAGAUUCAGAAAGUUUCGAGCAUAAAGUUACAUCAGAUUUAGCUGAAACUAUUUCGUGUGUCGAUGAAAAGAUUCAGAUUGAUACUGUGACUACCGAAAAAUUCCACAAAAUAGACACAUUAUUUGAUAAUAUUGAAAUAAACGCAGAAGUAACUCCAUCAGACAAAGUUGAACCAAUCAAAGAAUUGUUAGAUCACAAACAAAUUGAAGAUCUUUUAGAACCUGUUAUUGCGACAAAAAUAUUGGAGUCUUCAAUAUCAACGAAAAACUUUUUGGAUAAUGAAGUAAAAGCACAGUCAGAACACGUUGUUACUCAACAAGAUCCUAAAAAGGCAGAAGUCAUUCCGAACACGAUCACAACAACUUUGGCGAUCGAAACAGCAAGAGAUCAUUCUCAGCCCAUUGAAUCAAGUAAAGAUGCUGGCACGGUGAACUAUACGGUUCAAAAAAAAGCGGAAACCUUUCUUCAAGGAAACAACGAUGCCGAUGAAUUUUAUAAAACAAUCGAAGAGAAGAUAACAAAAAAGAUGAGCCAAGAUUUCUCUAUUUACAAAAAUGAUGAUAUCAGAGAUGGUAAACAUUAUAAAAAAUGUAACUUAUGGGCAAUGAUGUUGCUAGCUAGCUGUUUAUAUCAGCUAUUGCUAUAG